GAAGACAGCGAGAUCUUUUUCCAGUCGACAACGACCGCAACAACCAGCAACCCCAGCCUCGAUCGCCCUCUCGCUCCGGUUUAACUGUCUGUUCACCUGGCUUGCGCAGUCGCGGAAGCCACCUACACCGUCAUUCAAAAUGGUUAAGAAGCGGGCGUCCAACGGACGUAACAAGAAGGGCCGUGGCCACGUUAAGCCAAUCCGUUGCUCCAACUGCUCCAGAUGUACCCCCAAGGACAAGGCCAUCAAGAGAUUCACCAUCCGCAACAUGGUUGAGUCUGCCGCCGUCAGUGAUAUCUCUGACGCUUCCGUUUUCACCAAAUAUGCCGUCCCAAAGAUGUACCUGAAGCUCCAGUACUGCGUUUCUUGCGCUAUCCACGGAAAGAUCGUUCGUGUCCGAUCCCGAGAGGGCCGCCGUAACCGUGCCCCACCACCAAGACUCAGAUUCAACAAGGACGUUAAGAAGUUGAACCCCCAGCAGGCUGCUGCUACCGCCAAGUCCGCCCAAGCUGCUGCCGCUAAGGCAUAG